CCUGUUGGCUGUGCCCGGCGUCCCGCAGCACGGGCCAAGAUGGCGGCGCGCGCGCAGUGGGGCGGCUUGGCGGCGGCCCUCCUCGCCGGUGCCCUGUUCGCCUUUGGCCGCCUGCCGUUCGCCCUCGGGCAGGCGGCGGCGGCGGGAGGCUCGGCGGCGGCGGCGGCGGCGGCGGCAGCAGCUGCUCUGCCGCACCGCCGCUUUGAGUAUAAGUACAGCUUCAAGGGGCCGCACCUGGUGCAGGCGGAUGGGACGGUGCCGUUCUGGGUGCACACGGGCAAUGCCAUACCAAGUGCAGAUCAGAUUCGUAUAACAACGUCUUUGAAAAGCCAAAGAGGGUCAGUGUGGACAAAAACCAAGUCAAUAUUUGAAUACUGGGAAGUCGAAGUGACCUUUCGAGUUACAGGAAGAGGCCGCAUUGGAGCUGAUGGACUGGCAGUCUGGUUUACAGAAGAGCAAGGCUUGGAAGGUCCUGUUUUCGGGGCAGCUGAUAAGUGGAAUGGUGUUGGAAUUUUCUUUGAUUCCUUUGACAAUGAUGGAAAGAAAAACAAUCCUGGAGUGAUUGUUGUAGGCAACAAUGGAAAACUUCUGUAUGACCAUCAGAAUGAUGGUUCAACGCAAGCAUUGGCAUCCUGUCAGAGGGACUUCCGUAACAAGCCCUAUCCUGUUCGAGUAAGGAUAACAUACUACCAAAAAACAUUGACUGUAUUAAUUAACAAUGGCUUUACUCCGGAUAAAGACGACUAUGAAUUUUGUGCAAAAGUGGAAGAUAUGGCGUUGCCAUCACAAGGAUAUUUUGGAAUAUCUGCAGCAACAGGGGGCCUUGCAGAUGAUCAUGAUGUCCUGUCUUUUCUGACCUUCCAGUUGACUGAGCCUGGGAAGGAAGUACCAACACCAGAGGCAGAAAUUCCUCAAAAAGAUAAAGAGAAGUAUCAAGAAGAGUUUGAACACUUUCAACAAGAAUUGGAUAAAAAGAAAGAAGAAUUUCAAAAGGAACAUCCUGAUGUGCAAGGACAGCCAGCAGCGGAGGAUCUUUUUGAAACUGUAAGUGAUCGUGAACUGAGGCAAAUCUUUGAGGGGCAGAAUCGAAUUCAUCUUGAAAUCAAACAGCUUAAUAGGCAAUUGGACAUGAUUUUGGAUGAGCAGAGGAGAUACGUCUCUGCAGUCACAGAUGAGAUUGCUAAAAGAGGAGCUGGUUUUCCAAGUCAACAAGGACAGGUUUCCCAGCAAGAGAUUGAGACAGUUGUGAAAACUCAAGAAGAGGUCAUUAGACAAGUAAAUGAAAUAAGUUCUGUGUUUUUUGAAUUUUAAUGGCAUGAAGAACAACUGAUGCAAAGCUAAAAGAGGGACAACCUCUUUAUGAAGAUUAUUUGUAAACAUUUAAGUUUUGAUGCAUAACUUGCCGUUUCACAAUGAAUAUGAGCCAUUUAAAAAUCAGUAAUAAAAUUUUGUAUAACACUUACAAAUAUGAUUAUAUGUCAUUGUUGUUGCCAGUUUACUCAAUGAAUAGUAUUCAAGCCAGGUUGGGUUUUUGUUGGUUUUUUUCUUUUAUGUGAAAGUUAAAAUUGAAAGUGUUCAAGGCCAGGUUGGAGGGGGCUUUGGGCAGCCUGAUCUAGUAAAAGACAUCCCUGCCCACAGCAGGGGCGUUGGACCAGAUGAUCUUUAAAGGUCCCUUCCAACCGAAACCAUUCUAUGAUACUACGAUAAAUUGCUGACCACUGUACAAAGAGUUAGGACUGCACCUUGAAGGCAUCAAAGUAAGCUCUCAUCUGAACAAAAUGUAAAGUUUUAAGUAAAUUAAAAGGAAAUCCAAAGACAUACAUUUUGAUUGUUUAUUUUGUUAAUAAUGAAGAGAUUAACAUUCACAUGAUAAAUAUUUUAGCUGUAGAAUAAUCCUCUUUGCAACUGAAAAGAAAAAUCACAGUAGGGGAAAAUUAUAUAAACAUAUUGAUUAGAGAUUAAAGUUUUUUUUCUCUCAUUGACUAGUUUAACUCAAGCAAAAUUAGUUAUGGAACCUCAACUUUUUACAGAUUUAAUUUGAUUUGUUGUAGAAGCAAAACGAGUUCACAUGAAGACAAUAUUAAGUAUUAUGACAACGCAUAUGGGAAAUGAGUUUCUCGUAUAAAUGAUAAUCAUGAAACAAGGAUGUAUCUAAAUCUUUUCUUAUCCCUAAAGCCUCUUCUUUGUUUUUAUUUCUUACAUGACUGCUUUUAUUUAUUUAUUUUUCAAACAGCUUUUGGUUUUCUUCAAAGAUUGCAUUAAACUCUGCUUAUCCUAAAGCCUUGGCAAGAGCCUCAGAUAAAACACUUGUUUCAGACUUCAUCAGUCAGGCAAAGCAGAUGUCCAACAAUAGAAUAUUUGCCAGAUCUUGUUUUCAGCGUGGCUUUGGGAGAUGGUACACUGUACAAAUUGCAACUGUCUGUGGAAUUAAAUAUUUUUUUAAAAAAAUAAUAGUUUGAUUAAGGAUUUAUUUCUUGAUAGGUAUUCUUGGAAGCUAGAAAAUGUGUUUUCUGCCUUUUGUGGCAACUAUGUAUUUCAGACUAAUUUUAAUGGACUAACAGGUGUCCAGAACAACUGCUGUUUAUAGGAAAGCUGUUCUG